AUGAGGACAGAAGAUAACCUCCAAAUACACAGGAAAGGCUAAACCAGGCUAGAAUGAAGGUUUUAGAAUGGCCUUCCCAAAGUCCUGAUUAAACCAUACUGAAGAUAUGUGCAGAACAUGUGGACCAUGCUGAAGACACAAGUUUGUCAGAAAGCCUGUACCGAUUCUGUCAAGAAGAAUGGUCAGAGGGUUAGUGAUCUCAGUGUAGUUAGAAAACAAAAACUCCAGGAAGAAGCAGCAGAAAUUAAGUUAGUAACAUGCAUGAAUCAGACAGGAACAUGUUCAGAGGAAGAGAGAGAUAAGAAGAGAAGAGCUCAAUGCAUCAUGAGAAAUGAUAGUCCCUGACAGUCUAGUCCUAUGGCAGCAGAACUUAGGGAUGACCUGAGCCAGCCCUAACUAUAAGCUUUAUCAAAGAGGAAAGUCUUAAAUGUGGUGAGUGGCUCUGCCUCCAGAACUAGAUCUGGGAGCUGGUUCAUCAGUACGACUGCAUAAAACAAACUGUUGCCAAUCUGAUAGCCAUGAAUAUACAGGAAUGACUGUGCAUACUUUUAUCAGGAAAACCUUGAAUUAAUAAAACCUGUAUUUCUUUUUCCCAGUAAACUAACCAGACCAGUGUCAGUCUGUGCAGCCUUUUAGGGAGGUGAGCAAAGAUGAGAGUUCCUACCAGUCUACAGCAGCUGACCAUCUUCACCACCGUGUUGUGUGGUGGAGGGAUAGGCACCAUGUACUACCUACAGCAGAAGAAAUUCACAGAAUCAGACUACCACAGACUGGCUCUGCAACAGUUGGAAGCGUGUCCAGUUGCCAUGAACAGCUUGGGGGCCCCGCCUUUAAAGGUCCACAGCAUCCAUCUGACUGACAGACACAACCGUGUAGAUCAGCGCACUGCACAGAUAAAGAUCCCUGUGACUGGCUCAAAGACUGGAGCUUAUCUCUAUACUUCUUCAAUUAGAGACCCAGAUACCAACAGGUGGAGCCUGAAGCAGGCAGUUCUGAAGAUGCGUGAAGGACAGAUCAUCGACCUGCUGAAUUCUCCUCCACCAGAUGCAGCACAAACACAGGCAGCAGAGCUCGACACAGAGCAUUGGCACUGACCAGCUUCACGUAACAAUGACAACCAUGAAAGUCGUUACCAAACGACAAAUCAUCAACAGAUCUGCAGGUAGUCAUGGCACACAGCUCUGAGUGUCCCUAGACUUAGACCAACAGACUGCUCUUGAGUGUCUCUGGGUUUGCUUUGAUUAAAUAAUGUGAUGCUUACAAGUUGUUGCACAGACUGUUGUGUUGGUCCGUCAAGUCUUUUUAUUUUUAAUUUAGUUUCUUUCAAAGUAUAAUGUGUCACACAUCCACACAUGCAAAACUAGGACUGUGACAGCAUGGAUGUUUCAACAUAUCUCCGCAGUCUGUGUUAAAUAAGUCUAUAGACUAAUCAGAGCCUGUGUUUCUGACUUUUUGGCCAGUCAGAGGCAAAGUAGGGUAGGUCUUCACGGAUUGCCAGUAGGGGGAACACAUUGCUGUAAUUCAUAGAAACUGAAUCAGACAUAGAAUCACAAAAUCUCUGGUGACGAGGUGAAUAAAAAUCGGUUCAGUGAUCUAGAAUUAUUUUCCAUCCCUCCAUCAAUACAUUUUCAAACAGCCUGAGAGUUGGUUUAGUAGAGAGGAAGAUACAGCCCUGUGGUUUCACUGACUUACCACAACUUCCUGCUUCCUGUGCAGAUGUAGGUGAGGUAAAUGAAUUCCUCAUCCCCAUGUAAAAAACAUGUUUGUCAUUAUUAAAUGGAAAUUAGACAGAUAAUCUUAUCUGAUUCUUCUGUAACCUUGUUGUUUAUCCUACCAUGCCUUUCAAAUGAUUUGAAAACAGCCAAAGCGCAUGUGUGUGUGCUUGUGUUGUGAUCUUGUAACUAUUAUAGAAAAUGUGUUUUCUACCUUAUGUGAGUGCUUGACACAAACUCUUUGAAACACAUGUCUCCAUUUUGAGUUCUGCAGUAACUGCGAUGGCAUUUCUAUUUUUUCAUUUUAAUAAACCAAACAUGGUGAAAA